UUCCUUUCCUUCCUGAUAGACGGCUCACUGGUGCUCACUUGGCUUCCCCGGGCAGAUGUGGAUCUGAGAGCACUUUAUUCACUUGAAGAACAGAAGAGACACUAUUGUGCAAAGACUACAAGUCUGAAAGGUUUUCUGAUUAGAGCUGGCCUGGUCCAGGUAUCAUCUGAUUUGAAAUUAAUUACUUCAAAAACAAAAAAGAUGUCCGGAUUGUUAAGCCGAUUUGUUGAUGCUAUAACAGUAAAAAGCAAAGUGUUAACAUCUGAGACAGGGCCUUUAACUGUUAACAAAAUUAAAUUGGAUGAAGAUGGGUGCAGACGAUUCAGUUUUGGGAAAAUGUCCCAAACUGUUAAAACUAACCGCACCAUAAUGGUUCUCGGAGCAACUGGGGCUGGGAAGACAACUCUCAUCAAUGGGAUGAUCAACUACAUUCUAGGUGUUGAAUGGAAGGAUGCAUAUCGGUAUAAGUUAGUUGAUGAGGGUCAGUCGAAAUCUCAAGCUGAAAGCCAGACCUCUGAAGUCACUGUGUACCAAAUCAACCAUCAGGAGGGCUUUAAAAUCCCUUUCUCUCUGACCAUUGUUGAUACUCCAGGCUUUGGAGAUACAAGAGGAAUACAUAGAGACAAGGAGAUCACAGAACAGAUUCGUAAUCUCUUCUCUUCAGAGCGUGGCGUCAGUGAAAUUGACGCUGUGUGUUUUGUAGCUCAGGCUUCUUUAGCUCGGCUCACACCAUCACAGAAGUAUGUGUUUGAUUCUGUGCUCUCAAUCUUUGGCAAAGAUGUGGCAGAAAACCUCCAGGUUCUGGUGACAUUCGCAGACGGCCAACGCCCACCAGUUCUAGAGGCGAUCAAAGCUUCAGGCGUCCCAUGUCCUAAAACAGAAGACGGGCUGCCAGUUCACUUCAAAUUCAAUAAUUCUGCCUUGUUUGCACAGAACCAAUCAUCUGCUGCUGCUGACUCGAGUGGAGAGGAGGAAGAUGGAGGCUUUGAUCAGAUGUUCUGGAAAAUGGGGACCAAAAGCAUGAAGAGGUUCUUUGUUGCUUUAAAUAAGAUAACAACAAAAAGCUUGACAUUGACAAAGGAAGUCCUCAGAGAAAGAAAGCAGCUCGAGAUCUCAAUUGAAAGUUUGCAAACACAGUAUAAAGUUGGGUUAGCCAAGAUUGAGGAGAUAAAUCAGACCACUGCCAUUGUUAAAGAUCACGAGGCAGAGAUUAACAGAAAUGAGAACUUUGAGUUUGAAGUAAUAGUUAAAAAGCCUUUUCAAGAAGAUAUUUCUCGUGCUGGAAUUUUCAUCACAAACUGUCAGCUGUGUCAUUUCACCUGUCACAAGGUAUGUGGAAUUCCUAAUGAUGCAGAUAAAAAUGGCUGUAUAGCAAUCGGACAUGAUGGAAACUGUACUGUGUGUCCAGGUAAAUGUCAUUGGACAAACCAUUUUAACCAGAAGUACAGAUGGGAGUAUAAGGAUGUUAAAGUAAAGCAAACAGUGCAGGAGCUGAAAGAAAAGUUCCUGAAGGCCUCAGAGGCUAAGGGAACUGUUCAGGAAUUGAUCGACCAGCUCGAGGUUGAAUAUCAGCGUCUUCAGGCUGAUGUGAGGGAGAUAAUGGAGAGGGCUGCCAAGUGUCUGAACAGACUAGGAGAGAUCGCACUGAAGCCAAAUCCUCUCUCCACUCCAGAGUACAUUGACCUGCUGAUUGAGGGAGAGAAAUCUGAGGCCAAGUCAGGCUGGAAGCAACGAGUCCAGUACCUGAUGGAGAUGAGAGGAAAAGCAGAGCUCAUGGGUAAAGUAAGCAGAGGAGAAAAAAUACUAACAAGACAAGAAUCUCAAGCUCAAGGAGAAUCAAGAUCAGUGCCAACCUAGACCAAGACAAAGAGCUGAAAACAAUAAGACUAAGAAGAGACUCAAGACAUGAUACUGACCCAGACAUUUGAAUGACUAUAGAUAACCAAGUGUUGGGACCAAAAGAGGACCAUGUCGUUUUUUCUGUGCUUACACGUCGUGUUUUAACUGUAUUUUUCUAAAUCACCAUGGUUUCAAUUUUGGAAAAGAUGUUUUAUGAAUGUUGAUGAAUCUAAAAAGCAAUCCUUGAAAGAAAUGCUGAAUAAGAGAUUGACCUGAGUUAUAGAAGCCAGAGGAACAGAAGAGUCAGGAUAUUUUGUGUUUACGAACGACAUGUGUGAUUUUGUUGUUGAUUUUUUAUGCUGUGUUGUAACGCCAAAGUAAUGUUGUUCAAGCCAUGUCAAUAAGGAGGCGUGUGGCGCAGUGGAUAGAGUGUUUGGACCAGGGGGUCACAGGUUCAAACCCCACUGCAGUCA